AGAAUAUGAUGUUUUUGAGGUCCUUCACUGGAGAAGGAAACAAGAACGCAGUCUCCGCCAAUGAAAGGAGAAGAAGUACCACAGAGUGUAGGCAGGUUGCCAAGUGAGCUCGGCAGCGUGACGGAGCUGCAUUGAGUUUCUUUAAUGAAAGCCAGGAAAGAACACAUUACACAGUGUUUCUUCAGAGAGCUAAGCUAGCCUCCAGUGAUUGAAAUCAAUAAAAACAGUCGGCAAGAGGCCCAAGUGGGGGGAGAACCAAAUCUACACUCCAGCACUCAGUUUGCUUGCUACUUUCCCCCCUUUCUUCAGAAGUUAAAUUUGAAAAACUACACGCUACUCCUUGCAGGACUCUAAAGGUUUUUUUAAAAUUAUUUUUGGUCCAGGGGCCUGGCGAGUGGACAGCCGCUUUAAGCUUCCUUCCAACUCACCCCCUCCAUUCUCUUUUACAGCGUGGGCAGCAAUGAAAGGAUUGUUUUGAACGUGAAACCUGCUGAGAAGGACAUCUCCGGACAAGUGCCAGAUCUUACGCCUUGGGGGUGGGGGUGGGGGGCAGAGAGGAUGAAGCCUGUAACAGAAAAAUGUGUAAAAAAAUGAAGGAGGAAGUAAAACAUGGAAUUUUAUUCAGAAGAAAGCUCUCUGUCUGGAUAGCAUGUCAGCUGCUGUUGUGGCGAAUUCUGAAGAGACAGCCUUGAAGGGGGGUGAUUCCAUACUAAAGCAGAAAAACCUGAGAAUUCAUGUUCAGUUAAGAAUUCAGGACCAAUCUCGGGAGGGAAUACUUCUUCCAAGCAUCUUAAAAAGCAGAGACAUCACCUUGCCGACAAAGGUCCGUAUAGUUAAAGCUAUGGUUUUCCCAGUAGUGAUGUAUGGAAGUGAGAGCUGGACCAUAAAGAAGGCUGAUCACCGAAGAAUUGAUGCUUUUGAAUUAUGGUGCUGGAGGAGACUGUUGAGAGUCCCAUGGACUGCAAGAAGAUCAAACCUAUCCAUUCUUAAGGAAAUCAGCCCUGAGUGCUCCCUGGAAGGACAGAUCGUGAAGCUGAGGCUCCAAUACUUUGGCCACCUCAUGAGAAGAGAAGAAUCCUUGUAAAAGACCCUGAUGUUGGGAAAGAUUGAGGGCACUAGGAGAAGGGGACGACAGAGGACAAGAUGGUUGGACAGUGUUCUUGAAGCUACGAACAUGAGUUUGACCAAACUGCAGGAGGCAGUGCAAGACAGGAGUGCUUGGCGUGCUAUGGUCCAUGGGGUCACGAAGAGUCAGACACGACUAAACGACUAAACAACAACAACACUUCUUCCAAGAUGGUCCAUAUAUGUCACAGGCAGCACCAUGUAAAACAUCUGCAAACCUGUGCCUCUUGUACUCUGGUCACAUAUUUCAUGUACAUCUAUUCAUUAGUUAACAUAUUUAUACUCCAUCUUUCCAUUAAAAAUGAUCACAGCAAUAAUUAAAAAUAAAUUGUUUAUUUAUAUGCAAUCACAUGCAAAAUGUAAGACUUUAAAACAAUGUGCUAAGAGCUCACACCACAACCAACCCACAUAAUCCUUCUUACUUGGGCAUAAUUUACUUGGGCUGAAGGAGGUAUUAUUUCUCAGAUCACAGUGUUUUUAGCAUUCUUUAAUUGUACAGACUUCCUGUCCAAAAAGACAAAACAAAAUCAGGAAACAGAAGUGCCACCAACCAAAAGAUCAUAAGGGGCUGUCAGGGAGUUGUUGCGGCUACUCCCGAGUAAAGACGCUCCAGUCUGUUGUGUCUUUAAAGGUUUUAUUGUGCAUACUAUUUAGAGUGCAGAGAUAGCAAAAAACAUGACCUCCUAGUCACUCUCAGAACCCAGCAAUGGCGCCCAUCGGCUUCGGGGCCAACAUAAUAACCUGGGCACCCCAAAACGUCGCCCUUUCACCCUGCGUUUGGGCGCGUGCCUCAAUUUGGGCGCCGGAAGGAGUGGUGCCCCUACUUCCCCUGGCUGCCUGGGGCAGUGCCUGGGACCCGACUUCUCCCUGAGCCGCCCCCCCCUCCACUUGUUGGUUCCUUCCUCCAUUCCGCUUCCCCCUGACCCGCUGCUAGUGCUGUCGCUGGGCGAAGUGCUGGUCAGGAUCAUGGGGGGAGGCUCCCUGUAGGGAGUCCCCCUGACAGGGGCCUAACCUUUUUAGUGGUGUGAGAUACUAGUUAAUAUCCUGUAUGUUAGAAUGUGCCUAUAAAUCAAAACCUUCAUCAACUCCCUGCCUUUUGCUCUUAAUACUCACAAGAUAAGAAAAAGGAAAGGAAGCUUUUGCUUUUGAUUAGUUUGGAAACACAAUGCUUGGUGUUUCUCAAGUGGCUCCCCUUCUACAUUUGUGAAUACACUAUUGCAACAUUUUGAGCCAUGCACUGAUUCCCUGCCUCCAGGCAUGUUUUGAAGCAAAAUGUAUGCAAUUUGCCAUUUUGUCCUAGGUUUGACAUUGCCCUGCAAAUCAGGAUUGGAAACAAGGGUCACACUAGGCAGGGCUGAAUGCAAGGCUGAAUGACUCCAAGGCCUUAACUCCUUGUUCACAACCACCAGGCCAUGGUUUUGAAUUACAUCUGAACCACUAUGCUGUGUUGGAACAAUUGCAUAAUCGCUCAAAUUGAUAUAUUACUUAAAUAACAAAGUCCAUCUUAUUCUCCCCUUCGACUUCAAUCACAUAUGACAUUGUUAACCUGAUGUAUUAGGGAUUAUUAGAUAUCAAAGCUUUCUGAUUCUAUGAACAAGAUUCAAUAUUUAUUUUUUUAAAUUACAUGAAGAAAUUAAAUAUGUUCUCUCUUUUAUUUAACAUUCUUUCUUUCUGUUCUGCACCCAGGAAGCAGACUGUGCUAGAGGGCAAAUUUGAGUGAUUUGCUACAGCUAGAAAAUCUAGGAAUACUCAGCCCCAUCCCACCCAAAUCUCUCAGAACCAUCUAAACUAGAAGGCAGCAAUUGAUAUUAAUAGGAAGUUGGGGGGUGAGGGGACUUCGCUUAAGUGCCUGUGCAGUCCAUUUAUUUAUGUAAUCAUAUCUUUCCAGAAACUAAACAUUUCACAAAUUCUGAAUAUCACCUGGACUGUUUUGUUUUCACACUCAAAUAAUAAUAAUAAUAAUAAUAAUAAUAAUAAUAAUAAUAAUAAUCAGUUUUGUAAGAAGCAUGGAAUUCUACAUUUUGUUGUAGUUGUUGUUUAGUCGUUUCCAACUCUUCGUGACCCCAUAGACCAUAGCACGCCAGGCACUCCUGUCUUGCACUGCCUCCCGCAGUUUGGUCAAACUCAUGUUCGUAGCUUCGAGAACACUGUCCAACCAUCUGUCGUGCUGGAAUAUCAUCACUUCCACUGGCCUUGUUAUUAGCAGUGCUUUCUAAGGCCCAUUUGACUUCACUCUCCAAGAUGUCUGGCUCAAGGUCAGCAACCACACUACCUGGGGUGUACGAGACCUCCAUAUCUUUCUGGUACAAUUCCUCUGUGUAUUCUUGCCACCUCUUCUUGAUGUCUUCUGCUGAUUCUACAUUUUAAGUAACCUAUUUGACUCAAGUAUUUAGAUGAUGGGGGAGAAACCCCAAUGAAUCAGAAUAUUUACAGUUCAACACCUUAAUCCCAUAAAUUAAAGAGAGCAUGGAUAAAGAAAAAAUAUUAAAAUGGAGCAAAAGUCUUUGAGAUGUUAUUAGACCGGAGGGCGGGGGAGUGCGCGCCCGUGCGCAUGCGCACACGCACACGGUCGGGAAAAAACCGCUGAAAAUCGCUUGUGCGCAUGGGCCUCCCCCGACCUGGAAGUGCAUCGGAAAUGACCUCUUCUGGGUCGGGAGAGGCCCAUACGCAUGCGCACAAAGGAUUUUUGGCGAUUUUUGGGCGAUUUUUAAGAUCGUCGCCGCGCGCCGUAAGAGCGGGCGGCAGCAGCGGGCAGCGGGGGUUGUCGCGGGCCGGAUUGGGAGGCCGAUUGGGCCGCAUCCGGCCCGGGGGCCGUAGUUUGGGGACCCCUGUAUUAGACAAUUCAUGCAAAAAAAAUGCAAUAUGUUCAACACGAAACAAGCAACUUCAUUAAAAAUAUUCUUUGCUCUGAAAUCCAAGCAAUUUUAAUGCAUUUUACAUGUAAAUCUAACAUUGUUGUUGUAGGAUUCGCAAAUGAACGGAAACUAAUUGUAACCAUCCUUGCACAUUUCCAAGGCAUUUAAAACAAUUACCACUCUUUUUGUAGUAAACUGAUAUUGCAAUUUCAUUAAACUCUUCUUGCAUGAACUAGUAAACACUAAAAUCAUACAGAGCAUGGCAUAACAUCUGGAAAUGCCAUUGUGGGGAUUUGCUAUUGACGUCAAAACUUUGUGGGCUCCAUAUUUGUUAUGGACGCAGUACACAAAAGUCUUGUAUUACCACAUAUACCUCCUCUCUUGCUACCACAUACCAGCACAAAGAGCCAAGUCCUAGCAAAUCCAAUGCAAACAAAGGAAUCUGUGGCUAUAGAUAGAUUUACUGCUGGUGCUUCCCCAUUCAGAGCUGAAGAUUUUGUGGUUGGUCGAAGAAGCACUUGCAAAAUCCACAACCAGAAAUGGGGAGGAUAUAGCAUUAGAGCUACGGCUGCUGACAAAGGCUCCCAAGUUUACACAGGUUCUACUGCUGCACUGGUAAAGAAGAAGGUAGGCUUGCACCCACAUGAUUUUUAUAAAAAGAAAUAUGUGUGGGUAAGACCAGGGCCUAUAUGGUUAAAAUUAAAUGGGGAUACUUGUUGUAGUCAACGAAGUACUGUAACUGUGCACGAGGAAUGACUUCUGCUUGUGCAAUGGCAAGUCUACUCCCACUCCUUCCCCAAUAUGCUGUAGGCCGGGGUUCUCCCAACUCUCUAGAGUAAAUUUGGGUGAGUGCAAGGGACACACAGGAUGGAAAGGGAGAGAACAUUCUAUUACACAACUGUAAUGUCCUUCUUGGAUUCAACCCAGGACCUCCUGAGCACUUGCGGUAAAAAAUUUUUGACAGGAUUUGCACUAGGCAAUAUACUUUAAAGAUACUACUCAAACAUUUUUAGCAACAAAUAUGCACAUAGGCAAUGUUUAAACAAGGAACCAGAAAUCCAGUUGCAAUUGUUAUAGGGACAUGACUUCAAUUGCACGGAUUAUGCUAAACCAAAAGUAACAGCUUUCAAAAAUUCUCCAGGUCUUGGGGGAAAACAGGAGGAGGGAAGCAUGCAAACCAAAGGUUCCCUGUAGUUCAUGCACAUCUUGCUAAAUCAUGGUUUAUUGUGAUACGCAAACUCAGUUAGACCAGGGGUCCCCAGACUUACCGGGCUUUGGGCCGGUUCCCACCGCGCCAAUCGCGCGGCGGGCUGGAGGGCGGGGGAGUUUCCAGGUGCUUCCAGGUCGGAAAAAGCGCCGGAAAUCGUGUGUGCGCAUGCGUAUGGGCCUCCCCCGACCCGGACGUGCACCAGAAAUGACCUCUUCUGGGUCGGGAGAGGCCCAUAAGCAUGCGCACAAAGGAUUUUCAGCGCUUUUUUCCGACCUGGAAGAGCGCUGCGCGCCGUAAGAGCGGGCAGUGGCGAGCGGCGGGGGUCGUCGCGGGCCGGAUUAGGAGGCCAAUUGGGCCGCAUCCGGCCCCCGGGCCGUAGUUUGGAGCCCCUGAGUUAGACGGUCAAACAGAAUCUUAAUGUGCAUGUGUAUAUUCACCUGAUUAUAUGUAAAAGAAUGUCCAUGAAAUUGCAGCUUAUUAAACUUUAAAUAAGAGUUGUAGCAUAAAAUAAUGACAUCUGCAGAUUUAAAAAAUCACUGGAAAAAGCUCCUCAAUAAAAGCUUUUGUUCCAUUAAAAGCUGUAUCUAGUAUGUCCCAACAACUUCCACAUUUUUGAUGGUUUCAAAUUACAAAAUUGUUUCACAUGUUUAGAGUGUAUAUAAACAACUGAAAACAAACUGAAAACAAAGCUUUUAGGCCAUGUGUAUGUUCAAUAAUGGAAGUAAUAAUGCAGCUAAUAAUCUAGUUACAAAUCUGGUUAAAAUACUUUUUUUCCUAGAAAAGUUAUAUCAAUUGAAAUAUGAACAAUUUGACAUUUUACAAAGAUCAGCACCGGGGCCCAGUCUCAACCAGCUCCCCCACCCCACCCCAUACCCAGAUAUAUGUUUAUCAAAAAGUGAUUCAAUCUGACAGUAAAACGGAAAACAGUAGUGAAUUUCUACUGUAAUAAUUUGAAGGAGCAGAGACUGAAUGCUUCUCUGUUCUUAACAAAGGACUCAUUAUAUCAUCUAUUUCUAAAGCUACUGGCCCUUGAUCAUUUAAGUACUGGGUCUUUUCAGGCAUUUUAAUGGGGUAUGAAAAACAACAUCUACCAAGACAGUGAGUGAUUACUGGCACUAUCAUCCAGGCUAGGAGGGGAAAUCAAUUUUACAUCAAAGUAAAUUCAAAUUAUACAGCUUGAAAUGCAUGAAAUGUUAUUUUGUAAGUUUUCAAUUACAAGUUUUCAGAAAGCAGUUCCAGAAUUUAUUUUAGGCUGUGAUAUUUUGAUCUGUACCCAUGAAUUUAUAAAACACAUUUUUCACACAAAACAUAAGAAGCAACUUCAAAACUCACCCCUGGUAUUUGAGCAAAUAGCUGAAUGCUUUUAAGGGAAGGUAAAUCAUGUGUACAUUGUACCCCAUGAGCUGAGCUGGGUUCAUGUUUUCAUAGCCCAAUUCCCCAACAUAUCCAGGCAGGGCUUGGAAAGACCCCUGUCUGAAAACCUGAAGACCUACUGAGCCACCAUGUCAUAUCAAUUUCUAAAGUGACGUGCCAUGCAAACAAUGGGCUAACCAAUAAUUCACAUCUUGCGAUAUGGAGUAUAGAAAAAAAAGAGGCAGCCAAAGUAAUCCAGGUGCAUUCUAAAAUCAUAAUAGGAUUACUCUGGCCCAAUAAAUGCCUUACUACCUUCUGAAAACAAAGCAAAGGUAAGAUUCUUUAUUACACCAUGAAAAGGAAUAGGAUUUUUUUUUGACAAUUAUAUAAUUUGUUUGGUGGCAUGAGGGGAAGGGGGAGAAUGAAAGCACAAUAAGUGUGACUAAUUUUAGGGCUGCUGAUUUAGAAGUAUGUUUCUGUGAUAAAUGAACAAGCAGGCAUUAUUGAUAGAGAGAACAAAUAAUACUAUCUGUGGCAUUAUCUGUGAGAGAUAAUGGGGUCACAGCAAAGCCAGUUUUUAAUAUUGAAAAACUGCUGCAUUACUGUGACUUAUUGUAGCUUAUUGUAACUGUUCUGGUAGAUUUCCUAGGAAUUUAUCUCCUAUUUGUGGAUAUGAAACACUGGUGUAGACAAUAGUUCUUGCAGUCUGUAUUCUUGUCUUCCCAUGAUGUUUAAUUUUUUUAUCAAAGAUUUACAGAGAACAGUAAGCAGUAAUGAGGUCACAUCUUGAUAUAGAAAACCUCUUGGAUGAAUUUAAUUUGAAAAGGCAUACUGUAUUAGGGAAGACCAGCAAGUUAUAGUAUGAAUCAAACUGUGUUCUUAGAAACCCUGGCAUCUCAUGGAGAAGUUCCUUGCUGAGAAGAUAAAUCAUUUUGGAGAAGUUUCUUGAAAUACAACUUGUCCAUGAUUACCGAUCUAUCCCUGCAGAGCAGAGCCACAGGAAAAGUCCGCAUUAUUAUUAUUAUUAUUAUUAUUAUUAUUAUUAUUAUUAUUAUUAUUAUUAUUGACUAAUUAACUAACAGAAGGACUGCUCUGGUCUAUGGGUAUUUGCCAAAACAAUUUCUUUCCUUUAAAAAUACCUGAAGACCUCUGUAAUUCACAAGUUUCCUGUUUAAAAAAGUGAGUUCCUUGGCAGGCAAAUCAAUAUGGAAAGAGUUCCCUGAGGAUAGGAAAGUUGAAAACUUCUGUUUUUACUAAUGUAAAAACAAGCUGCCUUUAAUUCAGUUUUAGAGAUAAACUAUCAAGUGAUUUGGAGUCAAGAUUUGAGGUCAUACCCUACAAACUAGGUAUUUUGUAUACUGUCAAAGAUCCUAAUAGGAAAAUGUGGCAGUUGCUAUUUCUAGGCACAAGCAAUAACCUGGAUCAGAAGGCAAAGUUCAAGAGCACAGUAAUGCAUUAACAGAAGGUCUGCUUUGGACUGUGGGUAUCUGCCAAAACCAUUUCCUUCCUUUAAAAUUAAAAUUCUGAUCAGCCUUCGUGUCAUUGGCAAAAAUAUAGGACUUCAUCUACAUCCUGAAUGCACCUUUUAUUUGGUCCAACAAAUGGAGUACAAGACACUGUUUGCUAGUAUACUGUAAAAGCUUUCAGACAGAAGUAAAUGCUCUAUUCAUACAAGCAGAAACUACUUGCACACACACACAGACACACACACACACAUACAUAUACAUGGACCCAGGUGGCGCUGUGGGUUAAACCAGUGUCUCGGGGCUUGCUGAUCAGAAGGUCGGCGGUUCGAAUCCCUGCAACAGGGUGAGCUCCCGUUGCUCGGUCCCAGCUCCUGCCCACCUAGCAGUUCGAAAGCACAUCAAAGUGCAAGUAGAUAAAUAGGUACCGCUCCGGCGGGAAGGUAAAUGCCGUUUCCGUGUGCUGCUCUGGUUCGCCAGAAGCAGCUUUGUCAUGCUGGCCACAUGACCCGGAAGCUGUCCCCUCGGCCUAUAGAGCGAGAUGAGCGCCGCAACCCCAGAGUCGGACACGACUGGAUCUGAUGGUCAGGGGCCCUUUUACCCCCCCUCUCUCUAUAUAUAUGCACACACACACACAUACAUACACACUGUAUAAUCCUUCAUCAGAAUUUAAAUAGUCAUGAUCCUGUUUUUUAAAAAAACUUUAACGAACAAACUGUUUUUAGGGGUGGUAUAAAGAUAAUGUUGGCUCUCUCUUCACUGUGAUUAAGAGAUCAGAACCAAGAUAGAGGAUUAUAUGCUCUCUGCCAACAGUCACUCUCACCUUAACUGGGGGAAAGGCUGUAGCUCCGUGGUAGAGCAUAUGCCUUGCAUGAACAUCCUAGGUUCCAGCCUGAAACCCUCAAGAGCUGCUCCCAGUCGUGGUGGACAAUACUGAGCAUGAUGGACAAGUGGCCUGACUCAGCAUAAGGCAGUUUCCUAUGUUCUUAAAUAGACUUAUGCAUUUUGGACUUUAACAACAACAACAACUGUUUUUAAUAUUCAGUUGGAAGCCGCCCAGAGUGGCUGCAGAAACCCAGCCAGAUGGGCGGAGUAUAAAUAAUAAUUUGUUGUUGUUGUUGUUGUUGUUGUUGUUGUUGUUGUUGUUGUUGUUGUUGUUACAACAACAACAACAUUCCUGUUUAAGUUGUGUUUUCAGAACCUUGUUAAACAUGUACCCUGGUUUGCCUUACCUUAACUGGGGUUAAUGUAGGUGUUGAUGUAAUGCAUAAUCACAGUUAAUAUGGGAUGGAUAAAUUUCCUCUGGAGAAGGAAAUGGUUAAGUAAUUACAAAAGGUAUUCAGGAAUACACUUAAACUUGGUGUGCCUAUAGAGCACCUGCACAUGUUAGCAUAGUAAAGGCCUUUUUAAAGGUGCAUGCGAAUAUUGCAGGCAACGCUUGGUCAGUUCUUUUCCAGUUUUCUCUAACUGGCCAUCUAGCAAGACCACUUGUCUUCAGAGUUGUACAGCUGUACCUUGGUUGACAAACGCCUUAGCAGUUGAAUGUUUUGGCUCCUAAAUGCUGCAAACCCAGAAGUGAGUGUUCCAGUUUGCAAACCUUCUUUUGGAAGCCAAAUGUCUGGUGGGGCUUCCACAGCUUCCGAUUGGCUGCAGGAAGCUCCUGCAGCCAAUGGGAAGCCGCGCCUUGGAAGUUGAAUGUUUUGGAAGUCAAACAGACUUCCGGAACGGAUUCUGCUCAGCAUCCAAGGUACGACUGUAAUCACAUACACCUCAUAUUUUAAAUACCCUUUCUCUUUUAACCAUUUGGUGGAGGAACUCUCAACUGUCAUGAAAUAAAACUGAAAAAUGAAAAUACUUACUGCUGUAUUUUGUAAUUAUAUUAAUGUAAGCAGAUGACACAGUCCAAACAUGCAUUCAUAACAUGACCUGUCUUGUCUAAAAUUGAUGAAGAAAGUUAAUAUAUUCAUCAAAGUAAUGCGUAUUUUUGAGAUGAACUAAUUCUAAUAGAUCUUGUGGAGAACUUUCCUACAGUAAGGAGACCAAAUCUGGAAUCCAAAACCAGUUCUGGCCAAUGUGUGUUCACUAUAGCAGUACCCUCACAAACAAAUUAAACUACCAUAAGCACAUUUAAAAUGAGUUACUGACUACUAUGAGAGCAAAUCUGUAAUCCCUAACAAAUUUAUAUGAUGAUUUACUUACUUGAAAAUAAAUCCCUUUGGUUGCCGAUCAGAAGGUCGGUGGUUCGAAUCCCCGCAACGGGGUGAGCUCCCAUUGCUUGGUCCCUGCUCCUGGCAACCUAGCAGUUCGAAAGCACGAAGUGCAAGUAGAUAAAUAGGUACCACUCCGGCAGGAGGGUAAAUGGCAUUUCCAUGUGCUGCUCUGGUUCGCCAGAAGUGGCUUAGUCAUGCUGGCCACAUGACCCAGAAGCUGUACGCCGGCUCCCUCGUCCAGUAAAGCGAGAUGAGCGCCACAACCCCAGUGUCGUCCGUGACUGGACCUAAUCGUCAGGGGUCCCUUUACCUUUACCUUUUUACCACAUGACGUUAGCUCUUGAAGGUAUAAAAUAAAAGUGCAUAAUAAGUUUCUGUAUCUGCUGCACUCUUGAAAUAACUUUGCUGAAGUGACAGUCCAGGGUUUUUUAAUUCACACAGGGAGCAAAUUAUAGUUGCCUUUGUCUAGUCCUUUUCUCUUUGCAGAAUUUACCAAGUAUAACAUAUUUUAACUGGUUGCCAAGAAGAACUGAAUAAAAUAAUUAAUUCUCCUUGGUGGCAAACAAUUUAUAAGAAGCUGAUUACAAGGGGUGGGGGAAUACCAAGCUUGAGUGAAACUGUGUGUGGUGCAAUCAAAAUGAACUUCAUUUGCAGUUUCUUAAAUCCAAGACAGGUUUCCUCUCUGUCUGCUACAAGGGAUUGCAACAGGAAAACAGACUAGAAGGUUAAGAAAUUUCCUGCCUAUUGCUGUGCUGGGUGUGUCCUCUCCCUUAGAUUUUCUGCUUUAGGUUUUAUAUAUAUUUUACCUUGACAAGUAAACUAUUAGGACAGGUUUGCAUAUAGCAUUACCUAGAGAGGAAAAGACAGUAGAUCUGCUUGAACUCUACACACUUCUAGGAUCACCACACUCACAGCCAAGUGAACCACCAAAUCCAGAGCUUUCCAAACCGUGUGUCGCGACACAUGUGUCAGCUGCAGUGUCUAGGUCUGUCACACAAAUUCUCCCUACGCUCCUGCUGGGGUGGGAAAAGGUUAGUUUAACCUCCAGUUUGCUAGUAAAACUGAAUUUCUGUGUCACGAAAUGAUGCAUGUCUAAAAACAGUGUGUCACCAACAAGAAAAGUUUUGAAAGCUCUGACCUAAUCUAAGCUUCACGUAUAAACUUUAUGGCCAGCUUGCUUUCCGCAUACAAAAGGUUGGAAGCCUUCCACUUCCCCUAUACUAGAGUUCCCACUUACUUUCCAAGGCUUCCCUAUUGCUCACAUGUGUAUUGCAAGACAAAAUAAUUUUGCAGAAGACAUCAUCCAAACACAAUUAUGGUGCCUGAAACUCCUCUUAUCUCCUUCCCACAACCCAUGUUCUGGAAGACGAAACCACUUUCUCUAAAUUGUCUCUACUUAAACCUUGACUUUUAAUGAGAAACAUUGCCACAGCAGCUACAUAUUCAUAUUCAUUCUCAUCUGUCUGUCUGUCUCUAUCUCUCAGAUUUAAAGAGCCACAGUCCCCCUUUAAAGACAGAAGGGAGAGAAAAAGAGCAGGUGGGGUGGUCAUUCUGAGAGCACGCUCUCUAUUUCUCUUAAUAGAAAGACUGGCAAGAGUGGCCUCACCUACACAGGUGAAAGAGAAUUGGCAACAGUUCAAAGCCCACAAUACCCAACCAAUAGCAGUAAAAUAUCAAGAGGCAAAAGAAUGUACAAAAGCCACUUACUAGGACAUUAAAAAGCAGACAAAACAGAAGAGAUUCCACCCACUACUCUUAUCUCAGUCUCCAAGGUAUCUACAAACAAAAGACCAUGCACUUUCCCCUUUUUUAAACAAAAGGUUGAUGGGUAAUCACAGCAAUAGACUUAUUUCAGACAACUUUGCCAAGCCUUGAGACUAUCAGAAAAGCCCUUUAACUUUCCAGCACUGGUGUUACCCUCUCCCAAAGACUGUAUCUGGAGCAGAGCUCUUACUGAUGACAGGUAGGGGAAAAGGAGAAAGUAGAUGUGUUUCUGAGAUAUGCAAAGCAGCUCAGCCCCUCCUGAGAUACAAGCUAUGAAAGCCUUUAAAGGUACUAAAAUAACACCUUGGCUUAAGUCUGGAAAUUCUCUGGCACAGUCUGCACAUAAUGGCAAACCACAGUUAAUUGUUUAGCUUGGAAUGGGGAGACUGAUCCUCCUUGUAAAACUGUAGGUGAAAAACAAAGUAGAAUAAAUCAGUUGUGAUUCCUGGGUUAGCUUAUGUCUGAAUUGUCAUGGUUUGUUUUGCUCAAACCAUGGCUGGUAAGCCCAAAACAAACUUUGCUUGGCUUUAUAUUAUGUUUUGCAUGGAGCAAAGCAAACCAUCACCCCUGGUUCCGACAUAAUGCUGAGUCUCGGGUUGUGGUUUGCUGCUCCCACCCACACUGGGGAGGAGUAAAAAGGGAGCUAACUCUAUUCACCAUGGCUUACCAUGGCAUGCAAACAGGGAUGGGUGAAUCUUUCGAUUUUGGUUUCACAGUUUCUCAUAUUUCCAAUCUUCAGUUUUCCAUAUGCUUGUGUCAUUGUUUUUAAUAAAGUUAUCAUGAAAAUUCAUUGCCAUUGUAGUGCAAAUUCUCCUAAUAUAUACAUUUUUGUAUGCAGUUUUGACUAAUAUACAAAAUUCUGCAAAGCAAAUUUCAGUAAUAUAAUGCAAUUUUUCUGUUAUUUUCACCAACGUAUGCAUUUUUAUGCACAGUUUACCUUAGUGUGUGCAUUUUUUAACUUAUUUGUGUGGAGAACUGUACUGCAAAAUUCAGAGAAGUGUGUUUUGGUUUGCAUAGCACAGGCACCCCCAAACUGCAGCCCUCCAGAUGUUUUGGCCUACAACUUCCAUGAUCCCUAGCUAAGAGGACCAGUGGUCGGGGAAGAUGGGCAUUGUAGUCCAAAACAUCUGGAGGGCCAAAGUUUGAGGAUGCCUGGCAUAGCAUUUUAGAAAGUGUGAAUUACGCAUAUUCUCCUUUAAAUGUGAACUGAAGUGAAUUCUUCUCUCAUCCAUAAAUGCAAAUGCUGUCACUGGGCAAGAAGCUAUGCAACAACUGUUUCCAGACUGUUUUUAAGGACAGCCCCAUAUAAAAGUGCAUUGUAGUAAUAAGAGAUAAAGGUGCAGCUAGGCAAGUGACCCUCUAUAUAAAGCAGCACAGAAUUGCACAAGGAAUGCAGAGAAGUGCAGCUGCACACUGAGCAGCCACUGCUGCUUCUGAACACAUCUGCCAUAACACCACUGACCUAUAAGUGAACUUUCAUAGGUCUGCUACUCAAGAUUAGAAAUGCAAAUAUGUCCUUAAGUACCAGAGAUAGAGGCACUUAGAUCUCCAACUAUUUAGCACACAUCCAAGUCAAUGGAAUGUCCCCCAAAAAGAUAAAAGUAUCUUAUCAGCCUUUACUCUAAUAAAACCAGAGAUUGCUUUACAUUCUUAAGACUACAAAAAAGGUUAAGGAAAGGAAAAUCCUGUUUUAAGACCUGUGAAGAAACAUGGCAUUGCUCAAUUGCUGAGCAAUACUCAUAUCUAAACUCCAGGCAGCAUGAUGCGUUUUUCUUCUGAUAUGCACUUGCAAUCGCUACUGAAAUGGACUCAAAUUGUGCACAUGCACUACGUUAUAAUACAGACCACUAAUGAAUUUUAAACCAUUACAAGAGCCAUUUAUAAGAUCACCCAAGCUGCUCAGAUAGCUUUCAGCUCAGCUGAUGUGUGCCUUUGUGGUUUUGUAAAAUUCUAAUGUGGAAUGUAUUCCUGCAGACAUUUACUCAGAUGUAACUGAAUUUACAUCGCACUUAUACUAUUGAAUAGUACGUGUAAAAGCCACAUCAACAGGAAAUUUUACAUAUCUGGGAACAUUCUCUAUGCUGUAUCAAAGAAAAUUGCAAUGCUCCACUGUAAAAAUCAGAGAAGCAAAUGCUACCACUUUUGUAUUUUCUUGGCUCAUAAAAAAUAGCAAAGAUAAGCUUUUGCAAGACCAAUGCAAUUUAUGGUGUAGCUGAAAAGGCAUAGGAGAUAAAAAUUUGCCUUGAGCUACAUCUGAAAGCUAUGUACGUAAAGAAAUGUGAGGGCUCACUUAGAAAAGCACAAACAAAACAGAGUUUUAUAACAACCUAAAAGACUAGUAAAUACAUUGGCAAUUUAAAGCCCAGCAGACAUACACACAGGUACAGAGGAGAGAAACUGAAACUAGUGGGGCCAAAAGAUCAUGAAAUGGGGUAACCAUGGUUGUCCAUAUCAGAAUGGCAUCGCUCUCUGGAGCACCUAGGCAGGUGACUCAGAGAACAGAAAUUCAUGGCAAAAACAUUUCAAUUUUCUUCAGAGGCUCCCUGAAUGCAUGAAUAAUUCUGAUCCCACAGAGCAGUAAUACUCCUAGACUAGGCUUCCUGACUAUCGGGUGACUAUCAUAUCUACUACUGUGGGCAAGAAUCCCGUAAAAGAAAUGGAGUGGCCCUUAUAGUCAACAAAAGAGUGGCAAAAGCUGUAAUGGGAUGCAAUCUCAAAAAUGACAGAAUGAUCUCGAUACGAAUCCAAGGCAGACGUUUUAACAUCACAGUAAUCCAAGUUUAUGCACCAACUACCGGUGCUGAAGAAAGUGAAAUUGACCAGUUCUAUGAAGACUUACAACACCUUCUAGAAAUGACACCAAAGAAGGAUGUUCUUCUCAUUACAGGGGAUUGGAAUGCUAAAGUAGGGAAUCAAGAGAUAAAAGGAACAACUGGCAAGUUUGGCCUUGGAGUUCAAAAUGAAGCAGGGCAAAGGCUAAUAGAGUUCUGUCAAGAGAACAAGCUGGUCAUCACAAACACUCUUUUCCAACAACACAAGAGACGACUCUACACAUGGAUAUCACCAAAUGGGCAGCAUCGGAAUCAGAUUGAUUAUAUUCUCUGCAGCCAAAGAUGGAGAAGCUCUAUACAGUCAGCAAAAACAAGACCUGGAGCUGACUGUAACUCAGAUCAUCAGCUUCUUAUAGCAAAAUUCCAGCUUAAACUGAAGAAAGUAGGAAAAACCACUGGGCCAGUAAGAUACAAUCUAAAUCAAAUCCCUUAUGAAUACACAGUGGAAGUGAGGAACAGGUUUAAGGAUUUAGAUUUGGUGGACAGAAUGCCUGAAGAACUAUGGAUGGAGGCUCGUAACAUUAUACAGGAGGCAGCAACGAAAACCAUCCCAAGGAAAAGGAAAUGCAAGAAAGCAAAAUGGCUGUCCAACGAGGCCUUACAAAUAGCGGAGGAGAGGAGGCAAGCAAAAAUGCAAGGGAGAUAGGGAAAGAUACAGGAAACUGAAUGCAGAUUUCCAAAAAAUAGCAAGGAGAGACAAGAGGGUCUUCUUAAAUGAGCAAUGCAAAGAAAUAGAGGAAAACAAUAGAAUGGGGAAAACCAGAGAUCUGUUCAAGAAAAUUGGAGAUAUGAAAGGAACAUUUCGUACAAAGAUUACCAUAAUAAAGGACAAAAGUGGUAAGGACCUAACAGAAGCAGAAGACAUCAAGAAGAGGUGGCAAGAAUACACAGAGGAAUUAUACCAGAAAGAUAUGGAGGUCUCGUACACCUCAGGUAGUGUGGUUGCUGACCUUGAGCCAGACAUCUUGGAGAGUGAAGUCAAAUGGGCCUUAGAAAGCAUUGCUAAUAACAAGGCCAGUGGAAGUGAUGAUAUUCCAGCUGAACUAUUUAAAAUUUUAAAAGAUGAUGCUGUUAAGGUGCUACACCCAAUAUGCCAGCAAGUUUGGAAAACUCAGCAGUGGCCAGAGGAUUGGAGAAGAUCAGUCUACAUCCCAAUUCCAAAGAAGGGCAGUGCCAAAGAAUGCUCCAACUUCCGCACAAUUGCCCUCAUUUCACACGCUAGCAAGGUUAUGCUUAAAAUUCUACAAGGCAGGCUUAGGCAGUAUGUGGACACAGAACUCCCAGAAGUGCAAGCUGGAUUUCGAAGGGGCAGAGGAACCAGAGACCAAAUAGCAAACAUGCGCUGGAUUAUGGAGAAAGCUAGAGAGUUCCAGAAAAACGUCUACUUCUGCUUCAUUGACUAUGCAAAAGCCUUUGACUGUGUCGACCACAGCAAACUAUGGCAAGUUCUUAAAGAAAUGGGAGUGCCUGAUCACCUCAUCUGUCUCCUGAGAAAUCUCUAUGUGGGACAAGAAGCUACAGUUAGAACUGGAUAUGGAACAACUGAUUGGUUCAAAAUUGGGAAAGGAGUACGACAAGGUUGUAUAUUGUCUCCCUGCUUAUUUAACUUAUAUGCAGAAUUCAUCAUGCGAAAGGCUGGACUAGAUGAAUCCCAAGCCGGAAUUAAGAUUGCCGGAAGAAAUAUCAACAACCUCAGAUAUGCAGAUGACACAACCUUGAUGGCAGAAAGUGAGGAGGAAUUAAAGAACCUUUUAAUGAGGGUGAAAGAGGAGAGCGCAAAAUAUGGUCUGAAGCUCAACAUCAAAAAAACCAAGAUCAUGGCCACUGGUCCCAUCACCUCCUGGCAAAUAGAAGGGGAAGAAAUGGAGGCAGUGAGAGAUUUUACUUUCUUGGGCUCCUUGAUCACUGCAGAUGGUGAGAGCAGUCACGAAAUUAAAAGACGCCUGCUUCUUGGGAGAAAAGCAAUGACAAACCUAGACAGCAUCUUAAAAAGCAGAGACAUCACCUUGCCUACAAAGGUCCGUAUAGUUAAAGCUAUGGUUUUCCCAGUAGUGAUGUAUGGAAGUGAGAGCUGGACCAUAAAGAAGUCUGAUCGCCGAAGAAUUGAUGCUUUUGAAUUAUGGUGCUGGAGGAGACUCUUGAGAAUCCCAUGGACUGCAAGAAGAUCAAAUCUUUCCAUUCUUAAGGAAAUCAGCCCUGAGUGCUCACUGGAAGGACAGAUCGUGAAGCUGAGGCUCCAAUACUUUGGACACCUCAUGAGAAGAGAAGAAUCCUUGGAAAAGACCUUGAUGUUGGGAAAGAUUGAGGGCACUAGGAGAAGGGGGCGACAGAAGACGAGAUGGUUGGACAGUGUUCUCGAAGCUACGAACAUGAGUUUGACCAAACUGCGGGAGGCAGUGGAAGACAGGAGUGCCUGGCGUGCUAUGGUCCAUGGGGUCACGAAGAGUCGGACACGACUAAACGACUAAACAACAACAACAACAACAACAAGGCUUCCUGAGGACCAGUCAUACUGUCCCAACAACUUCUGCAGAACUCAGUGACCAAGUGUUCCAUCUGCAGAGCAAGAAACUCUAUUAGUAAUGUUUAGUAAACAUGUGAACAGAUGCCAAAGAUGCAACAAUAUACAUAUCUAGGCUGAAACCUGGUGUAUUACUUAAAACUGAAGUAAUCUAAAAGCUUUCUCUAAAUGCGCACAAAGCAGAGUAGACAUUGCAGGACUUUGGACUAGAUGAUCCCUACCAACUCUGCAAUCCUGUGGUCCUGUACUUGAGAAUUGUGUAUAAUGUGCCCCUUCUCAAAGGCACCAAAGAUCUCCUAGGUGGAGGCAGCCCUGUUAACAGGGUUGGAAAGUUCUUGCUUUCUUAUUGGUUUAUUUUCGUUCUUGUUUUUAUUAUGUUUUGUUUUUGUAUUUUUAUGUUGUGAACCACAAUGAGAUCUAUAGAUGAAGGGUGAUAUACAAAUAAAAUAAAUAAAUAAAUCCAUGAUUCUAUACUGGGAAACAAACUCACAGUAACGCCAAAUCAAAAUCUAUCAAAGCUGUAGUUUUUAGACCUGCAGAACAGAAACCUAUAAACAAUGUUGUAACUGUUUCACCUGUAAUGUCAUCACAGGUCAUUUCUUAUGAUAAGAUUCAUGAUUUGAUUUGAUUUUUAGAUUUGUACAGCAGUUUGUAUAUGAAAAUUCAAUCAAACCACAAAAGGCUGCUUAUCUAAGGAAAUUAAUUUUUGCACCCGUUAGACAUGUUUACUCAGCUUCAUUUCAACUUAUGCCCACAGAAUAUUGGACUGAUAAAUUCUUUAAUAGGCCAACCAAUGACCAUCUUUGUGUGUGUAAAUCAGGCCAGAACAAAGACACUGCACAGCAUAUCCUGUAUAGCUAGGGAUAAUAAUAAUAAUAAUAAUAAUAAUAAUAAUACUACUACUACUAAUAAUAAUAAUAAUAAUAAUUUAUUUACCCGCCACCCAUCUGGCCGGGUUCCCCCAGCCACUCUGGGUGGCUUCCAACAAAAUAUUAAAAUACAGAAAUCCAUCAAACAUUAAAAGCUUCCCUAAACAGGGCUGCCUUGAGAUGCCUUCUAAAGGUCUGGUAAUUGUUGUUCUCUUUGACCUCUGGUGGGAGGGCAUUCCACAGGGUGGGAUAUAUUUCUUUAUUCAAUACAGAAUUUUCUGGAAGGUUAAUCAGAUUAUUUCAAAAUUAGAUAGUUACUGGUUGAUGCAGACAGCUUUGUUACCUAUAAGGUCCCAUUAUAUGUGCUAGCAGCAAGAAAAAUCACAGGAUGCUUUUUUGACCUAAAACAGUAUACAGUAAGCUCCUAAGAGGAGUCCUUCUUUUCAUCUAAAUGAUUUGAGGAACUUUUUGAUUAUAAGCUUUAAUAAUUUGAAAUUCUGAUAAUGUAUUGUUGCAUGCCACCCCAGUCUCUGAGUGGUGUGAGACUCCAGGGGUUCUAGGCACAUACCCAGGAUUUGUGUUUCCUUUUGGAACGAGGCCCAGUGGAGACUGUGGUGUCUUUAGGAUACAGUGGAACCUAAGUUGUUAAAUGUCUCUGUUGACGCACGUUUCGGCUUUCAAACAUCAAAAACCCAGAAGUACUUGCUUCGGUUUUCGAAUGAUUUUUGGAAGCCGAACAUGCCUCACGGCUUCCGUUUUGAGUUUCCCUAUUGUAUUGAGGCUUCCGCUUUCAGUUUUUUGUUUUCGGAAGUCAAACGGUCUUCCGGAAUGGAUUACAUUCGAAAACAGAGGUUUCCCUGUAUAUGGUCUAUUUACACACUUAUGCAACUUGAGCCUGUGAUGGAGGUGUUCACAGCAAAAUCACCCCCAAAAGAGUUUUGUUUAUUCCAUAGGUGCAGCCUUGGAUUCAAACAGAAAUCAAACCUUGCUUUCAAAAAUUGCUCUGACUCCCUCCCCAACUUGCU